AUGGAAUCGGUGAAAGAGUCACCUAACCUUCAAGGACUUCAACCAUGCUCUGAUACCAAAAAUGAUGGAACUAGGGUGUUUCCGACUUCACUUAAAGGGGCCGCGCUCAACUGGUACACCCAAUUGCCUGCCGAGUCCAUUGACAGCUUCGGCACCCUAGUCAGGAGGUUCACCGCACAAUAUGCGACGAGCCCACCUCACCAUGUCACUUCAGCCGCCCUGGCCAGUCUCAGGCAAAAUGACGACGAACCACUCCAGGCAUUCAUGGAACGAUUUGUUGCCACCUCGAUCAAGAUCAGAAACCUGAAUCCCGAGGUUCUACAUGCCAUGCUCAUGGCACUCAAGCCCGGACCAUUCGUCAACAGCCUGUGUCGUGAGUCUCCCCGCAACAUGGACGAGCUCCGCGCCCGUGCGACAGGUUACAUCCAGAUGGAGGAACACUCUGACUUCCAUGACCAGGUUCGCGGAAAAGGACCAGCGAAGCCAGAGUAG